AUGAAGUUAGAUAUAAGUCAGAUGAGAUACUUGUCUGGGGACGAUUACCGGGUAUUGAAUGCCGUGGAGAUGGGAUCAAAGGACCAUGACUUGGUGCCAACUUAUUUGAUCAAGAAUCUCAGUAAAGUGAAUCCAGGGGCAGUGAACAGGUCAGUAUCCACUUUAGCAAAACAUAGACUUAUAUCAAAAGUAAGAAAUGCAAAAUAUGACGGGUAUAAGCUUUCAUAUCUUGGUCAUGAUUAUCUUGCCUUGAAAUCAAUGUUGAAAAGAGACAGUUUGGAAUCUUUGGGUACCACUGUGGGUGUUGGUAAAGAAUCGGAUAUUUUUUCUACUGUGGAUAAGAAUGGGCUUGAAAAGAUUUUGAAAGUGCACAGAUUGGGUAGAACAUCUUUUAGAAGUGUCAAAUCAAAAAGAGAUUACUUGAAGAAGAAUACUGGUGGUAGUUGGAUGUUUUUGUCAAAAGUCGCAGCAGGCAAAGAAUUUCAAUUUUUGACAACAUUGUAUGACAAUGGCUUUAAUGUUCCAAAGACGUAUGAUUAUUCUAGACACUGUAUCUUGAUGCAGUGGGUUGAAGGGUACCCAAUGACUAAAUUAUACGAAUUUAAAGACUACAAGAAACUUUACUCAGAAUUGAUGAAGUUUAUCGUUAAGUUGGCCAAUUAUGGGUUAAUUCAUUGUGAUUUUAACGAAUUUAAUAUUAUGAUCCGUGAUCACGAAAUUAUCGAAAGUGGAGAAUUUCCGGAUGAUUUUGUGGUUCUCGAUUUCCCACAGAGUAUCUCCAUUGACCAUCCUGAAGCCGACUAUUACUUCAACAGAGAUGUGGACUGUAUAAAGUUGUUUUUCAAGAAAAGAUUUAAGUACGAGCCUGUCAGGGAUCUGCUGAUGUUGGAUACAGACGGUUAUGGGGAAGGUUACAAGUACAUACAGCCAGAUUUUAAAAGAGAUGUCAAGAGAGUUAGUAAUAUCGAUGAGCUACUUCAAGCUUCAGGAUUUAAGAAGAAGCAUGGAGCCGCAAAGUUAGUUGAUAGGGAAUUCGAAGAGGCCAUGAAUAACAUGAGAAGCCAAGAAAUUGUGCCUCCUGCAGACGAUGGCGAGGAAGAUGAAGAAAAGUACGAGAGUGGCGAAGAAGGAUAUUCGGAGUACGAUGAGGAUGAUGAUGAUGACAUUGAUUUUGAUAGUGAGGAUGAAAUUGAUGAUGCUGAAGAUAAUGAAAAUGAGCGUAUAAUAGAAGCCUUACAGAGUGGUGUGGAGAACUUAAAAAUGGAUAAACUUGGAAACUAUAUACUUGAUGAGUGA